UCUAGUCGGUACGUAAACAGAGUUGCACCGCCAUUCUGUCGCCGUACAAGAUGUACAUGGUUUGAAUUUUUCAGUGCUGGUAAAUGAAAUGUAAUAUUUGUCAUAGUUUGUUACCAUGAAACUACAUCAGAUUCUUCGCAAUGUGGAAAAGUUCAGGACGGUCUUUGACUUCGGAGGACGGGAUGUUGCUCACUGGUUUCCCGGACACAUGGCUAAAGGAAUUAAACAGAUGAGGUCCAACCUAAGGAACGUUGACUGCAUCAUAGAAAUCCACGAUGCCAGAAUCCCAUUCUCUGGAAGAAACCCCUUGUUUCAGGAGACUCUGGAUGUCCGGCCACAUGUGUUAAUUCUCAACAAGAUGGACCUCGCUGAUCUUUCCAGAAAGAAGCGUAUCCUCCAGAAGUUACAAAGAGACGGGGUGAAGAAUGUUCUCUUCACAGACUGUUUGAAGCAGAGAGAUGACAGCAUCAACAAUUUGGUGCCAACAGUGAUGGAUGUCAUUGGCAACACAGAGCGGUUUAACAGAGAUGAGAUUACAAACUAUUGCGUCAUGGUCAUUGGAGUGCCAAAUGUUGGGAAGUCGUCUCUGAUCAACGCAUUAAGAAGAACAAACUUAAAGAAGGGUCGUGCAUCCAGAGUUGGUGGAGAGCCUGGUAUCACUAAAGCAGUGUUGACUAAGAUACAGGUUUGUGAGCGACCGAUAAUCUACCUUCUGGACACACCUGGAGUCCUGAAUCCAAAGAUAGAGAAUAUAGAAACAGGCCUAAAGCUGGCAUUAUGUGGAACUAUACUGGACCAUCUAGUGGGUGAAGACAUUAUUGCUGACUACUUGUUGUACUCUUUAAACAGGCUGCAGAAGUUCAGUUAUGUGGAGAAAUAUGAACUUCAAGGGCCUUGUGAUGACAUCCAAAAAGUCCUCAAACAUAUUGCUGUCAAAAUAGGAAAGACCAAGAGAGUCAAAGCCAUCACUGGCAUUGGGAACAUUACUGUCACUGUCCCUGACUUCACAUCUGCAGCGUACGACUUCAUAAGAUGUUUCAGGAAAGGAGAGCUUGGACAGGUGAUGCUGGACUGACACCAACCUUCAAAUCUACACAACACCUAAGGAUAAUUCCCAUCAUUUAUGAGACCCACACUAAAUGAAAUCAGACAAUGUUUUGUCCUCAUCCCAUUUUUUCCUACUUCGUUUCGUCUUUUGUAAAUAACCUAAAAUGAAACUAAGAUUAUUUAAAACAAUUGUGCCAGUAACUUGGUGUAAACUGAAUUAUUUAUUAUCAUAAAGACAGUGGUAACAAAUCUUAUUAAGUAGUAGCAUAAGUUAAGAGUGCACUUACAGAAAUGGAACAGUCUUUUGCUCCUGAGAGUUUAUGCAGGUAAGAGCUUUUUUGGAUGAUGGAGAGGCUGUAAAAACCUCUACAGUUCUGUGGAACAGUGAACACAGCAUUUUCAGACUAAAAUAAUUGGCAACAUCAACACGUGUAUCAUUACAAAGAUAUAAAUUACACAGUAGGUGGAGAGAUGCUUGGGACAAGAAUUUUGGCUUUACCCCAUGGUCCUGUUAGCAUUGAAUUGCUGCCAUGACGAAAUGUGUGAUGUGGUGAACCAUAUUUUCUAAUCUUUAAAGAAAACAUGGGUGAGUCCUGGAUAUUUAUAAAAAACUGCUGGCUUAUGUUUUUUUAGUACAUGUAAUGUAAAAAAAAUUGGCAAGAAAAUUGGGUUUUUCUUGAGUUUGGCUCCAGGCUCAUUUAUACUGAAAUUGCUAUAAAGGUGAUCUGGUAAUGUACAUGUGAUUGUUGGUGCAAAUGAUUUCACGUGUAAAAACAUACAGUACAGUGAUAUUUUUGUUAAAUGUCCUUGAUCACUGGGGUAGUUUUCACUUCU